AUGUCCAGUAAAGAGGCUACUGCAGACAAAGAGUUUCACCGAAAAAGUUCUAGUCUACGUCAAAUGAAAAAUCUUACUGGUAAACAACCUUACAAAUGUGAUGAAUGUUGUAAAGAAUUUAGUAGCAAAGGCAAUUAUAAUAUACACAAGAAAAUCCAUACUGGCGAAAAACCUUACAAAUGUGAUGUAUGUGAUAAGGAAUUUGGUCAGAAAGCCAACUAUAAUGAACACAUGAGAAUUCAUACUGGGGAAAAACAUUUUAAAUGUGUGUUUUGUGAUCAAGAGUUUCACCGAGAAAGCGCCUGUCGAAUUCACAUGAGAAAGCAUACUGGUGAACAACCUUACAGAUGUGAUGUUUGUGGAAAACAGUUUCGCAGAAAAAGUAAUUGUCUAACUCACAUGAGAACACAUACUGGCGAAAAAGCUUACCAAUGUGAUAUUUGUGAAAAAAAGUUUGGCAAAAAAGAUAGUUGUCUAAUUCACAUGAGAACACAUACUGGUGAAAAACCUUACAAAUGUGAUGAAUGUGGUAAAGAAUUUAGUGCCAAGAGCAACUAUAAUGUACACAUGAAAAAACAUACUGGCGAAAAACCUUACGCAUGUUAUAUUUGUGAAAAAGAAUUUGGCCAAAGCAGUUCUUGUCGUACACACAUGAUAACACAUACUGGCGAAAAACCUUACAGAUGUGAUGUAUGUGAACAGAGGCACUAUGUAUCAUCAUUUAAGACAGCGUUACAAACAGAUAUGAAAAAUGGACGGGCUAAAAAUUGGAUUGAGGUAUUGAUGAAAAUACUCCUGACAUGUCUUGGGAGUAAUGAUAUGUGUGGCUCUGCCACAAACAUACAUGACAGUAUUAACACUGCAUUGGAGACUGUUUUUGGCGAUUUUGAUACCCCGAUCACCCAGAUGGAGUAUAAUGCACCUUACUCUAGCACUCCAUCAAGUACCUCUUCAUCUUUGUUAAGCCUGUCUUCAUUAAAUCUGGAGUCAUCAGUCGCUGAAUCUUCUACAGGAUAUUUAGCAGAUCACAGAGUUUCAAGGCACACAAUAGUUCCAGAUUACUGUGUCGUGCUGCCUGAUUUUCCUGGUAUCUUUCCAAUAGUUUUUGAACUGAAACCUGCACACCGGGAGUCUCAUGCAAUUGUCCAAAAUAUACAACAAAUGUUGUCCAAGCUUUUCUUUCAGGAUGUUGUGUUUGGCAUUGUUGUUUCACCCAGAUUAUUUCAACUAUCG